AUGAAUCUCAGUCUGCCUGACCAAAACAUGCACAAUCCAAAUGAGGGCAGCCUGGAAGAUAACAAAGCAGACUUACUGCUCCCCUGCUUCCAUAGAGGCAUGUAUGAGGAGCCCCUCUCCACCUAUCCUAAUGGCUCCAUCAUCUCUCACCUCUUACGCAAAACCAUACACAGCAAACGCAACACACUGAACAGUAGCCUGCUUUACUUCCCUGCAACUGCCAUGACUGGAUCCAACAUGGUUGACACUGGAGUUAACAUGGCUGACUCUACUCAAGAGGACCAGAGCAGCAUCUCCUCCAAGGACAGUUUGGGGGAAUCAAUUUCACCUGGGGGUCUUCCUUCGAAUGGGUUGACCUCUGAGGUAGAAAAGCCUUUAAAUGACCACCUCCAGGCUAAACGAGCCCGUGUGGAGAACAUUAUCCGGGGCAUGGCAGGCUCACCCAAUGCUAGACUUCAUGGAGAAGGAGAGAAGAGUGAAGGUGAAGCUUCCACUGGUGGAAGAGAAGUCUGCAAGGAGAAUAAACGCAAGCAGAGGCUCCCCCAACACCAAGAUCACAGUGAGCCUAUGGGGUCGGCAUCCAGCCGAAGCAGCAGUGGCAGUACCAAAGAGGAGGAGUGCCACAAACUGAAGGAGCAACUCCAGAGCAUGCAGCGGCUUCUACGACAGCUCCAGGAGAGAUUCCUCCAGGUGUACAACCAGACUGGAUCAGGCAGUGGAGAAAAAGAAAGAGAGAAUACCAAACUUGAUGACAGAGAGUCAUGUGAAACACUUGGUUUCCACCUCGACAGUCACUUCAACAAAAAACUUGGUAAUGUCCAAGCUAACUAUAAAGACAAAGCAGUCAGUGACUAUGUAACACACCAAAAUGAUUCCCACAGUCUCCGGGAGACACUGAAAUGUGAGCUAUCCAGAGCCAUAAACGAAAGCGUCGACACAGUCUUCAGGAAACUUUCCAUGUCAUUCCCUUGUCAGUCUCCAGAACCACGCCAAUGUCAAAGUCCUGAACACAGUGGAGUGGCGAAACGGAACCAGUUAUCUGCCGCUCCUGACCUGUCAGACUCUGAAGACGCUGUCAAAACCCAAUCUCAAGAAUUGUAUGAGACCGGUACCAACCGUAGCCCAGAACAUCAGACUGAAGCUUUAUCGUUGGUUAUCCGGAAACCUCCUCUUGCUCAGCUCAGCUCUGUCAGCCAGACUGUGAAGAGGCCAUACCCCAUCCAUCAGUCCCCUUUCCAGUUCACCUAUGGCACACCUCUUCAUGACACUCAGAUCCUUGAACAUCUCCUCAAAUAUGGACCACAUGCUAACUUCGCAGGCCUCCACUGUCCCCCUCCUUCCUUGGACAGGUCAUCCCCUGAUUCAAUGGACCUUUCCUGGGAUAGCAUCACCAUGAGGUCCAAAGUGACCUCUGGACAUCUGAGCCAACACACCCGUACUGCAGGACUGGGGCAGGUUUCUGUGGACACACUUUGUCUCCCUCAGGUUAAGAUGGAGUGUGGGGACCUACAGAGCAUGGCGGAGAGAAGCACCUUCAUGUCACUCAAUAUACAGGAGGGCCUUACUCCCAACCAUCUCAAGAAGGCCAAACUGAUGUUCUUCUACACCCGCUACCCUAGUUCCAAUGUGUUGAAGACGUUUUUCCCUGAUGUCAAGUUCAAUCGCUGCAUCACCUCCCAACUGAUUAAGUGGUUCAGUAAUUUCCGAGAGUUUUACUACAUCCAGAUGGAGAAGUUUGCCCGCCAGGCCAUUGUGGAUGGAGUAAACGACGUCAAAGAUCUGUCUGUCACCCGGGAUUCAGAGCUUUUUCGUGCCCUGAACAUGCACUACAACAAAGCCAAUGACUUUCAGGUGCCUGACAGAUUCCUAGAGGUCUCUGAGAUCACUCUUCAUGAGUUUUUCAACGCCAUUUCGUUAGCCAAAGAUUCAGAUCCUUCAUGGAAAAAAGCCAUCUAUAAAGUCAUCUGUAAACUGGACGGUGAUGUCCCAGAAGAGUUCAAAUCUCCCUCAUACCUGUAG